GUCACUCUUGGUCUUGGCAAUGCUGAUAGCAGCAGCACUCAUAAGCAAAGAAGCUUUAUUGGUCCACGCCGAUAUUGGCACCGCGUCGUUUUAUAACCCUCCAUAUAUUCCUACGAAAUGUGGCGGUAAUAGCGAAGAACAGUUUCCUCCAGGGAACAUGUUUGCUGCGGUUAGCGAGGGAUUGUGGGACAAUGGUGCUGCUUGUGGGAGGCGUUACAGGUUAAGAUGCAUCAGUGGACCCAACAGACCAUGCAAACAAAGAACCAUUGAUGUCAAAGUGGUGGAUCUCUGCCCCUUCUCACCCUGUCCCUCUACCAUUGUUCUCUCCAGGGAUGCUUUUGCAGCUGUUUCUCAUCCACGUGGAAGGAAAAUCAAUAUAGAAUAUAUACAGGUUUGAGAAUGUAGCAAGCACUGGUGUAAUCAGAUCAGAGU